GCUUCGCCGGAGCCGCGGCUCGCCCUCCCACUCCGCCAGCCUCUGGGAGAGGAGCCGCGCCCGGCCGGCCCGGCCCCCAGCCCCAUGGACCUCCGAGCAGGGGACUCGUGGGGGAUGUUAGCUUGCCUGUGCACGGUGCUCUGGCACCUCCCUGCAGUGCCAGCUCUCAAUCGCACAGGAGACCCAGGGCCCGGCCCCUCCAUCCAGAAAACUUAUGACCUCACCCGCUAUCUGGAGCACCAACUCCGCAGCUUGGCUGGGACCUACCUGAACUACCUGGGGCCCCCCUUCAACGAGCCUGACUUCAACCCACCUCGGCUGGGGGCAGAGACUCUGCCUAGGGCCACUGUCAACUUGGAAGUGUGGCGAAGCCUCAAUGACAAAUUGCGGUUGACCCAGAACUACGAGGCCUACAGCCACCUCCUGUGUUACUUGCGUGGCCUCAACCGUCAGGCUGCCACAGCAGAGCUGCGCCGCAGCCUGGCCCACUUCUGUACCAGCCUCCAGGGCCUGCUGGGCAGCAUUGCAGGCGUCAUGGCCUCUCUGGGCUACCCACUGCCCCAGCCUCUGCCGGGGACUGAGCCCACCUGGGCCCCUGGCCCUGCCCACAGCGACUUCCUCCAGAAGAUGGACGACUUCUGGCUGCUGAAGGAGCUGCAGACCUGGCUGUGGCGCUCAGCCAAGGACUUCAACCGGCUUAAGAAGAAGAUGCAGCCUCCGGCAGCUGCAGUCACCCUGCACCUGGAGGCCCAUGGCUUCUGAUCUCUGACCCUUACACCUCCUCUUUUCCCCUCUGCCCCUUCAAGCUCUGCUCCCACUCUGGGUAAGAGAAAGCUGUAUGCCAACACUUGUUGAGCCAGGAGACAGAUGGUGGGAUCUCUGGUCCUCCAGGCCUUGGGUGGGGGUGUGGUACGUCCUGUCCUCUGCCCAGCUCCGCGAGUCCUAUGGGUCUGGAGAAGAAAUGUGUCAGGGGCCAUUCUGUUUCCAUGGAGGUUGUGUUCAAGGGAGCUGAAUGGCUCAAGUGAGGGCAAAGGCUCUCACCACCUAUUGCUUGCUGCCAUCACCUGC